AUGUUUAAUGGAUACAACAACGAGUUCACCAAACCCAAUCCGGGGUACGAAGUUUCCGGGAUGAAAACGGACCAGUACAGCGGGAACUACAAUAGUAAUGAUGAAGAUCCAAUCCACUAUCCAAGAGCAUCAAAUGGAUCGUACAACUCCUUGUCGCGACCACCAGCGACGGCUUUCAGCUCUAACUACCUGAGGGAACAGGGCUCGCAUCCGUCUUUGCAGGGCCAUCUCCAGAACCAGGCUGAACCGGUGGGCGGUGGGUUUGCUGAUGUACCCAGUUUGUCGUAUCCAUCAACUCCAACCACGUCCCAGCAAAAUUACACAUCGCCCAGCAACCAAAACGUGUUGAAUACCCCACCGGCAAUGACCACAUUCGGGAAUGGCAAUAACAACAACCUUAACAACAACAAUAACGCGGCUCCCAGUCUCUAUAGCCACGGCAACAAUUCCCAAAGUAACUUGCGCAACAACGUUUAUCCAAACCUGCAGGUCUCACCAGGACAGUACUCCGUGACGUCAGACUACCCACCGGAAAAUCAUACUUUGCAAAGUCCGCAGCAUCUCUCCCAAUAUAACAACACUAGGCAAAGUCCACAACAUGGCCCUUCCUUCCAGGCCAUAGCCAGUCCCCAGCAUGCCCAGCAAUAUGGUUCAAACGCUAGCGUACACCAGCAGAGCCCUGUCAGAGGCCUCCAGGGCCUUCCAAAUAGUGAUUCGCAGCAACGUCUUGCCGCUGCGCCGCCCGCUUCUAACUACAUGUAUUUUGAAAGACGUCCCGAUCUGCUCUCAAAAUCCAUUCAAGAUAAAGCCGCCACAGUCAAGCUUAAAAUUGAAAAUUUCUACCAAUCUUCAGUCAACUACGCCAUAGAACGCAACCAAAGACGUGUCGAACUUGAGAAUCAACUGGUAUCUCAAGACUGGUCUGAUGAACGUAAAAGUAGACAGCUUUCUACACUGGGCAAAAAAGAAUCACAGUUUCUGCGACUACGUCGUACUCGACUUUCUUUGGAAGAUUUCCAAACGGUGAAGGUGAUUGGUAAAGGUGCAUUCGGUGAAGUUAGACUGGUCCAGAAACGAGACACUGGUAAAAUAUAUGCGAUGAAGACGUUGCUGAAAUCAGAAAUGUACAAGAAGGAUCAACUAGCUCACGUAAAGGCCGAAAGAGAUGUUUUGGCAGGCAGCGAUUCACCAUGGGUUGUAUCACUAUAUUACUCCUUUCAGGACACCCAAUAUCUGUAUCUUAUUAUGGAAUUUCUGCCUGGUGGUGAUUUGAUGACCAUGCUUAUUAGAUGGCAAAUCUUCACAGAAGAUGUAACCAGAUUUUACAUGGCAGAAUGCAUUUUGGCCAUUGAGGCCAUUCAUAAACUUGGUUUUAUUCACAGAGACAUCAAGCCGGAUAACAUCUUGAUCGACAUACGAGGCCACAUUAAACUGUCCGAUUUCGGACUUUCUACUGGGUUCCAUAAGACUCAUGACUCAAAAUAUUAUAAGAAGCUUUUGCAGCAAGAUGAGGUGAACGCAGCAGCAGGCAACCUUCAAAAACCACAGAUGGGGAUAACUGCCAACAAUUCAGGCAAAAAUCGUAACACCAUGUUUGUGGAUGCCAUUCAUCUGACAAUGACCAACAGACAACAAAUACAGACCUGGAGAAAGUCGCGUAGGCUAAUGGCAUAUUCGACAGUUGGUACACCCGAUUACAUUGCACCGGAGAUUUUUUUGUACCAGGGUUACGGUCAAGAAUGUGACUGGUGGUCCCUGGGCGCAAUCAUGUACGAAUGUCUGAUUGGGUGGCCUCCAUUUUGCUCCGAAACACCUCAAGAGACCUACCGUAAGAUUAUGAAUUUUGAGCAGACGUUGCAGUUCCCAGACGACAUUCAUAUCUCAUACGAGGCAGAAGACUUGAUACGCAGGUUUUUAACACAUGCAGACCAAAGACUCGGCAGACACGGUGGAGCCGAUGAGAUCAAAAACCAUCCAUUUUUCCGCGGUGUUGAUUGGAACAGCAUCCGAUUAGUAGAGGCGCCCUACAUUCCAAAAUUAAGCAGCAUUACAGACACUAGAUUCUUCCCCACGGACGAGUUGGAAAACGUACCGGACAGCCCAGCGAUGGCUCAGGCUGCACGCCAAAGAGAGCAGAUGAUGCAACAAGGCGGUGCUGCUGCCAACCCGGGAAGCAAAGAAGAUCUGCCCUUCAUUGGGUACACGUAUUCGCGGUUCGACUAUUUAACGCGGAAGAACGCAUUGUAA